UGCGCAACAAGAAGCGCGCAGCGUCUCAGUGUGUGCAGACAAGUCGAAGUGCAUUCGUAACAUCAUGUAUCGUUGAAAAGAAGUUGAAUAUUCUCCCGGUAGUUAUCUUACUUUUAUGAAAGUCCAGUGGAUCGAGUCUCGUACGAAUAAUCCACCUUUCAUACAAGUUAAUAACAGUGAAACAACAUCAGAUGACCGAAGACUUUUGGAAACGUUACUUGGCUGACUCAAACAAAAUGGCGACUAUUCUCUUCUUGGCGGUACUGUUUACCUGGCCGUGAACAUUAUGCUUCUUAUAAAGUGUGAUAUAUUAAACGUGUUACGCGUAUCUCGCUUCUUUACCACCGACGAACGUCGGUUUAAGUAGAUAUCAUUAGAAAGAUUAGCGUGCUGUUUAUCAUCUUUAAAGCCUGUAAGAGUGUACCCAUAAAAUAGGUAGUAACGUGACAAACGCGAACGAUAUACAUAUACUGUGUAUCGCUGUUUUUUGCCAUACACCAGUUUCCCUUUAGUUUUCGAUAAUUUCCCAUCGUCUCGACGGCAAAUGUUGAAAACUGACCACGGUUUUAAUGUCCUGGCCGGUUCAUAAAAAGGGAAACCCGUCUUCCAUGUAACCAGGAACGUGGCUGAUAACUCGGAUGAUUCUUGUUUAUUUGUACUGGUGCUCUCGAUGCUCGUACAAACUCCGCGUCUCCCUUUCAAGGGUAUUCAUGAUCUUCCUUUCUUUCGGACACGAUUAAUUCGCAAGACGGAUAAAACCUACGUAUCAUUUUUGAUACGGCAGCACCAUUAAAAUCGAAUAACGCGACGUGUAUAUUAGGUUAGGGAAAAUGUCUAGCUCGUACAUUGUCGAACCACAAGAGAGUGGAAUGGAAAAGAAAGAUGAUACAUUGAUCAUUAUUGUCAAUGAUGAUGGUUCAUUAUCUGUUGAUCAAGAAACUUUGCAAAGUUUGAUUAUGAAUCAGUCCAAUGCAAAUGUCAGCGUUGUUAGAGUUGGACAGGCAGAUACAGAUAUUGAAAAUGGAGAUAUUACAUUAACUGUAGAUCCUCCUGCUUUUCCACCUGCCACAGUGAAUUCUGGAGGCACUGAUGCAACCAGUUUAGUUGAUCCUUUCAUGGAAAUGGACCCAGAACAAUUGGAACGAUUGGAAACUGCUCUGCAAAGUGAAGAGGCUAAGCAAAUUCUUGGAGAAAAUGUUACAGCUAUGCUUGAUAUGUUAACAGUAGAGGAACAACAGAAUUCUAUCAGAUACAGCGUUAAAUUGGACCAUUGUUACACGAGCAGAUUGUCACCUUCUGAUCCUAAACCAAAAGAUCCUUUGCCUGUAAUCGAUUCACCAACCUCUGACGAUGGUUUACAUUAUGCACCUCGAUAUUCGCCUGCUCCUGGGACAUCUAAAACAGCAUCCCCUACUGACACUGAGAAUAUGUUUUUGGCAAAGAUGCAACCAAAACCAAUCAUUAAAACUAGCAAACCAGUGGGUCGACCGCGAAAGAAUAUUCCUCCGACGCCUAUUUCCGUUUGUAACAAUUCAAGAUCGUCCGUGAAUAUAACAAACACGCCUAAAGCUGUUGGACAUCCAGUCUCCAGGAAUUUGACAGAUGUGAUGCAACAUGGUAUUGGAAAACAUCCAGGAAGAUCUAACGAGGAAGAUGAAGAAGAGUUAACAACAUCCACUGAAUCGUCGGAGUCGGAGCCGUCCGACAACGAUUCAGAUUUUGGUCCGCGAGGCCCUAGAAGAGGCGGUAUACGAGCAAGAGGUGGUAGGAAAGGUCUUACCACAAGAGGAGGAAGCAUGGCAGCCACUCGUAGGAGAGGUUCCAACAAAUAUAUGGAUAUGGAACAAGUCCGUCGAUUGGAUAUGGAAAUGGCUGCUGCUGUGAAUGCCAUGAAGACUCCAGAAAAAGAAGACAAGUCAGGAGGAUUUACUGUCAUCAGAGGUAGGAGACAGUUUAAGACUCCUGUUGGGCGGAAGAAAGAAGAACGGAUCGAAUCACCAUCGACGAACGAAGACGUGUCUCCUAAUUUUGAAAAACCGUUACAAACUACGAAUCAGGUUAAAGCCAACCUAAUUAAUGCUAAUAUGAUCAAGGGUGAUAUGAUCCUUACGAAACCUGGACAGGGAAGAAAUAUUAAUCAAAAGGUUACUUUUGUGCAAAAGCAAGUACUUGUGAAACCAAACGAUCUCAAAGGUGUCGACGUAAAGAAGCCGUUGAUUAUACCUAAAGGGAAAUUUUUGGGUCAACCCGGAACCAAAUUCUUCGCAACCAAGGAUGGUAAAUUGGUUCAGAUACCUGUCACCACGAAAACCGUUACGACAAACGUCACACCGAUAAAAAGCCCAGUACCACAAGUAUGUCCAACACAAACAUCUGCUGUUGUGCAGAAUGAAACAGUAAACGUACAACCACAACAACCAGCGAAAGUGACGUCGCCUACCGUUGUAUCCAAGAUACAAACAUACGAUUUGAAGAAAGAAAAAACAAAGAACGAAAAUAUAGAAACUGUUAUUACGAAAACAAAAGUCGAACCUGUCAAAACACCAGAGAAUAAAGUUGUCGAUCCCUCGAAAAAGCAUCCCAAGAAGGAUAAUCGUAAAUCUCCAGCGUACAUGGUAGAUUCACUGGGCCCUGCUCUUUUCUCAACUCCAGAUAUUAUUCGACGCGUUGGCUCAAAUGGUGAUUCGAAGGGUCAAGAAAAUGUGGUGACGUCAUUAAUUUCUACAACACCGCCUACAGUCGCCGCUUCCACCGUGAGUACGACUCCCGUUAUGCAGGUAAUGCCGUCGACAUCUUCUGGAACACCUAGUCGCCCUGCGGUCAUAUCCACGCCUACGCCUUCUGAACAAAUUACAGAAGGACUACCUGAAACUCCUGUCACGGACAAGCAAGAAAAGAACGAACAACCAGUACGGAACAACGAAGUAGAAUCUAAUCCAGGCGUUAAACCUAAUGUAUCGGAAGAUUUAACGCCUGCUUUAGAUUCGGCAGGCAUAGAAGGAGAAGAACAUUUAUUAGCUACGUUGGAAAUGGAGGCUAGUAAACACGAAGAAGAAUUACUGGCUGAAGCAUUAUUAUUACAAGAGGAACUCGGUGUUGACUUGGUUGAAAAUCCUACGCUUGUUGAACAAGGAGGAGCGACUGUAACGACAUCAGAAGCAUUAGCUUCAUCAAGUACUAUGAUCAUUCCUUCUUUGAUCACAUCUGAGCAAGAAGUUACUAAAGAACUGGAUGCUUCUGCAGCAAUAAUUGCAACAGCUAUGUCGACAAGUACAACAACGGUUGCGGUGACAACGGUUGCGGCGACAACGGUUACAGCGACACCGGUUGCGGCGACAUCGGUUGCUGCGACACCGGUUACGGUAAUACAGGUUGAGACAAUACCAAGUGCGGCGAUAUCAGUUGUGACGACAUCGGUUGCGCCGACAUCGGUUGCAGUGACAUCGGUUGCGGCGACACCGAUUGCGGCGACACCGAUUGCGGCGACACCGAUUGCGGCGACAACGGUUGCGGCGACAACAGUUGUAGCGACAACAGUUGCAGCGACAGCUUCGAUCGCAACGACACUUCAAUCCGCUAAAGAAACACCUAAAAAAUCUGCGAAAGAUGACAAAGAACCCAUUCAAAUUAUUCGCGGUGGUCGUGUGAUCACGUUACCUCCUAUCGAAGCGCCGGCUACUAGGAGCAAGCGUUUACAAGUAAAAACUGAGCCUGUGAAACGAACGGAGAAACCAGGUUACAACAUACAAACCGUUAAUCAGAAACCGUUGCAAUCUGUGAAACAUGAAACUUUCACGAAUACGAUUCAAAAUGAGAGAAAUGAAACUAAAAUUCGAAUUAGAGAAGGUGUGAAUGAGGAGGUUGGAGAAGAUGAAACGGAAGAGAAGAAUAAAAAACAAAUUGAGAAUGAAGACGAUGACGAUGAAGAAGAGGAGGAGGAGAAUUCGGAUUCGGAAGACGAUCCUGAUAGGCUGUGGUGUAUAUGCAAACGACCGCACAAUAAUCGUUUCAUGAUUUGUUGCGAUGUAUGCGAAGAUUGGUUCCACGGCAAAUGCGUGCACGUUAGCAAAGCAAUGGGGCAACAAAUGGAGGAGAAGGGAAUAGAAUGGGUUUGUCCGAAUUGCACAAAGAAGAAAGAGGAAGAGGCGAAAGCUAAAUUGAACGUGACACAGACUACGCCUGGGAAUCAAGGAAUUCAAUCUGACAGCGACCAUUCAAAAAAUCUUGAUUCAGUUCAGACUUCAUUUGGCGACGAAACAGCAACAUCUCUGAUUCAGUCUGAUAAUGGCUCUGCUCAAUAUUCAACCGGUAUGCAAUGCGUCGUAUGUAAAAAGGAAGCGAGAAACUCGAGCAUUUAUUGUUCCGAUGCGUGUAUACUCGCGCAUGCUCAAGAAACAUUGACCAAAGAUAAACCAAUGCCUGGAUCAACAGCCAGCCCGAAAGGAGCGAAAUCAUCACCGUCCGAUCCUAUCUCAAAGCCGAAACCCGAUGCUAGGGUUAUUGUUUUCGAGCGUAGAACGGGAAGAGUGUUGACUGGUACUGACGCGCCGACAAGAUCAAAUUUACGUACGUGGUUAAAGGAACAUCCUACGUUCGAAGUCGUUGGAACAAGUAACGUUAGUUCGUUGCAAUUAGGGAAGAUUCUGCCAGUUCAAGCACAAACACCUAGUAAAGCAGGAAAGUCUCCGUCACCCGUCAAAGGGCAGAAUCUUCCAAAACUGACCUACACAAAAGUACCGGCUUCUAAGCAAAUGAUUUUAACGGCGGGAAAUAAAAAGUUUACGGUAAUUUCUACUGGACAGCAGCAACAACCGUCAAGCACGAAAACGGUGCAGAUGAAGCAAACAAUAUUGGCCCAGUCAAAUAAGAGUCCUUUAAUAUUCAAAACAGCAACAGCGAAAGUGGUUACUCCACAGGCGAAGCAACAGGUUAGUGUAGCUUCACCGAAAGUGACACCGCCGAUGAAGAAACAAGAAUUAAAACAGGUAACCGUGCAAUCAAAACAGCAACAACAACCACAGGUGAAACCGACUCUGCCGAAGAAACCCGAACCCGAGCCGAUAAGAUUGAACAUACGGAAAACUUUGACAGAACUAUUAUCCAGCCGUAUAAAGGAAACCGAUGAUCUGAAGCUUACUGACGAAGAAAUAGCCGAACUAGCUUUCAACAUAGAGUUGGAAAUGUACAAAUAUUUUAAGGACACCGGUGCGAAAUACAAAGCCAAGUACAGAAGUCUCGUAUUCAACAUAAAAGACACAAAGAACUUAACAUUGUUUAGGAAAAUUGCCGAUAGAUCAUUGACGCCAGACGCGGUCGUAAGACUGAGUCCUGACGAAAUGGCGAGCCAGGAAUUGGCCGAAUGGCGAGAGAAAGAAACAAAGCAUCAAUUGGAAAUGAUCAAAAAGAACGAGUUGGAUUUAAUGGCCCAAGCCAAGUCUAUUGUUGUUAAGACGCACAAAGGCGAGCAAAUAAUCGAAAACGACGGUGGCAUUGAUCACGUAGAUCCAAAAACGCCGGUACAAGAUAUCGUGACGGCAUUGAAUAGUGCUGAGAGUAUAUCGUCGACUGUAGACGACGAGAAGGAUCCUAAUAAGAUGAACGAUGAGGAUAGAUUGAAAUUAAAAGAAGACACGAAAAAAUCCAAAGGUUCAGAUGAUGAGAGAAAAAAAGACAAAGAAAGGGAUAGGGGUAGAGAAAAGGAUAGGGGCAGAGAAAAGGACAGAGGGAAAAUGAAAGAUGGGAGUCGGUCAAAAACGAAUGAUGGGCGGGAUAAAAGUACCAGUAGAAAUAAACACAAACGUGGCAGAGAUGAUAGAGAGCAUAGUAAAACUAGAGAAAAGAGCAGAGAAAGGAAAUCUCGUGAUAAAGAAAGCAAACGUGAAAGAGAAAAAGAUCGUGAUAGGGAUCGGGACAGAGGUCCAGAUCGAUCCAGGACCAGAGAUCGGGAUAAAUCCAAGACUCACGAAAGUAGAAGCAGAGAAAAGAAACAGAAAGAUAGAGACAGAGAAAGGGAAAAAGAUCGGCAUAGAAACGAGAAUAGUGUAAGAAAUCGUAGCGAAUCGAAGGAUAGUGAAAAGAAAGAAGAGGAUAGGAAGAGGGAUAUUGAAAAGAAAGAUGAAAAUUCAAUGGUGGCAGAAAAAUCGACGGACAAGUCUAUCGAUGAUCGUCUAUGGCGACAUGUCGAAGACGAGGCAACGACUAAUACCAUCGACGGUAAUGAUUCUGACGUGUCAGACAGAGAACCAUCUUCCACGGUUACAAUCAAGACACCGGACAUUAACGAAGAUACCGAAAGAGAAAGAGACCCAGAACCGGUGACUGUCGAUGGUGAAGCCUCGAAGGGAGGAUGGCAAACUGUUUGGAGGGGUUUCGUCAACAUGGUCGAUGUUGCCAAAUUUUUCAUCACCGCGCAAGAAGUCAGCGGCCAGGCGAAAGAUCUAAUGGACGAUCUGCCGGAUACGGUUGACGUCGUAGGUAGAAUAAGUCACGAAACGGUAUGGGACUAUAUUUCAAAGAUGAAGAAAACUGGUUCGAAGGAGAUUUUGGUGAUCCGACUUACUGCGGCGAAUGACGAAGAGAAAAUUCCGUACAUAACUUUGUACAGUUAUCUUAAUAGUAGAAGCCGACUCGGAGUAGUCGGAAACGUCUCGAAGAACAUAAAAGAUUUUUAUAUCAUGCCGUUUUCGAAUCAGAGCACGCUACCUCAAGUUCUCCUGCCUCUGAAUGGUCCUGGCUUCGAAGAGCACAGGCCGCAUCUUCUUCUAGGGAUCAUCGUUCGUAACAAGAGGAAACGGCUUGCCGGUAUACCACCCCCUUCUACCGUAUCAUUAAAAUUAUCGAAAAAGGAUGAUCGAAGUUAUACGCCGCCUCUGGUGUCUGUCUCGAAAUCGAACACGAUACUUGGUACAAUUGCAGCUACAUCAAUAACUACGCCAACGAUUGCCUCUUCUUCUUCUUCAGGAACCGCAACGAGUACAUAUCACAAAGCAGGAAGUAGCGGUACCAUCGAAUUGUCUAAAGAGAAGCAACAUCCAGUUACGCAAACGACUCUCGAUAGUUUGAACAGGGCGCAUAUAGGAAUGUCCAGGAACUCGCUCCUCGAUACUGCAGCUAUAUGCAAGAUAGUUCCUGAAUUGUCUUCAAAGAUCGAUCUUACUUCUUCGCCCGGUAAACCAGCUGAGGACGACGGCGAUGAACCUUACAGCCCUGGUGAGAUGGACGAGGAGAACGCACUGGCAACGACGAUACCAUCGAUAUCCGGCUCAAUCGACGGUACUGCGCUCGAUAAUAGUAUCAUUUCUUCCAGUAAAAAUUCUACCGAACUUCAACGGAAGAUGGAUGAAUUAAAUAGGCAAAUCGAAGAACAAAAACAACAGAUACAGAGUAUUAGUUCGUCGUUCCUCGGCGAAUCAACAACUACUUUGCCGGGCUUAGGGCUGGAUCCACCAGAUGACGAUAAUUGCGAAGAGGCUUAUAGUCCUUCGGAUACGAGGUCGUUUACACCGCCGCCACCCGGUAUUUCAAAGUUCACUCAACCGAUUCUCGAAAAGGUAUCGAACAUAACGAUACCGCCGAAUUUGCAAGAAAUUUUAGCCAACGUAAAACGACAAGAAAGUUCAAAAGUAGAUCCGUACCUACCAUCCAGGCCUAGCGCCACAUUCUUACCCACUGUCUACUCCUCUUCAUCCACCGCGAAACAUUUGGUAGGCGGUUUUAAUAAACCUGCCACUCCCGAGAGAGCUCCGAUGGAAACAUCUACUCAUCGAGAAUCCACUCAAAAGGAGAAAGAAAGUAAAAGCACUUUAAGUUCAUUGAGCGACUUGGAUCUAAUAAGAAAAGCGGAAGAGGAAUUGGCGGCGGUCGCAGCCGCUUCCGCUGCAGCAGCAACUACUGAAAAACCUGCAUCGACGAGUUUAACCGGGGCAACAGCUCUUCCGACAAUCAUAGGGACUCCUCCGCCGUCAUUAAUCCAAACGGUACCUGGAAAUCUUUCAGGCUUACCUUCUGUGACGGAUGUUUCCUGCCACGAGACGACUUCCUAUAAAAAUCCCUUCCCGGAACCGUUCAAACGCAACAUCGCACCUGAACAGCCGAAACCACCAGGUCUCGAAGACGAGGACUUCCCACCAUUCCCAUGUACACCGCCGAAUAUUGAAAAUAACGUGUCGAAAACGAUCGCUUCUCAAAGUUCGAAAUUCGCUCCAAAGAGUGGUAUAGUGUUAAGCGUGAAACGAAAGGUUAACGACGAGGGUGUUGCACCUACUACUCCACCAAACAAAAAUCCGAGACUGAAGUCAAGAUGGGGUUUGGGUCCUUCGGAAUCGGACAACUAGUUGUGCUCGAACAAUGAAAUGAUGAAACAUUGAAUAGCUGUUUUGGUUUAAAGAAAACAAAAACGUGAUCGUCCGUUUUAUAUUAAAAUCUUUAGCGAUGUCACUACACUGGGAGAGAAGACAGAACAAAGAAAUUACCCAUUUCCGCGCGUUAUAUUUUCAUACCAAGUCAAAAGUCUUUUGGUAGUUUUAGUUCAUCGUUAUUUGAUACAUAAAGAACGGUCCGUUUCUCGUCGACGUUUCAUCCUAAAAACACUGUGUAUGUAUGAAUAUAUGUAUGUAUAUUGUGCGCGAGUUGAGUACAUGUGUAGUAUCACAAGAGAAAAAGGGCCAAAAUUGCAAGAUGUCGAUGGAAAAUUAUUGUCGGAAAUUGGGGAAUGUCAAAUGUAGUUGUAAAUACAAAGACAACGCGAAUGUUCUUCGAACCGUACGCUACGUGUACAUAGUCUUACUGAAAAAAAGUAUGCUGUAAUAUAUUGUUUAAAUCUGCUCGGCAGGGGAUUAUGUAAUGUGGCGCACACGUGUUACAUGCGUACGCGCUGUCAGUGUAUAUAUUAUAAGUUUAGCUAUAAGGAUCUAUGCGCGCGAACGACCAAUAACUUUAUUUCUCCAGCACAUAUGUGUGCGGUAGUAUGCCGUGCACCUUUCUGAUAUAGCUUCGUGAAUACAACACAAUACAUUUACAAAAAAUAGGUUUGUAACGAUUCUUUCGAGAAAUUAAACGUUCAUGCAACGGUGUAAUCUUUCGAGAUUCUUUGACAGAUCGUACCUUUAAACUGUCCAAGUCUAAGGUAUCGAGUUCUGCACACGUAACGCUUUUUUUCUUUUGAUGCCGCGAGAGUGUCGCGAGAAAACUAAUGGAAAAAAUGAAGAAAAUGGAUCUCACCUCACCCUGCCUUUUUUCUGUUUUGUAUAUACAAUACGAACUACGACACUGCUACGACCACCAUCAUUGUUGCGCCAUCCCUAGUCUCUGUUGAAUUUCAGUUUUUCUAUCGUCAUGGCUACUUUAUCGAAACAACACUCGUUAGAAUGAAAACCUACCUGACGAUCAUAUAUAAGUAACAACUCAUUUUAUUUUAUGACACGUUGUUGAAACAUAAGUUUGCUUUGAUCGAUACGCACUUAAACACGGAACAAUGAUGUAUAUAUAUCAAAAAGAAGAAACAUUUUAAUCAAAGUAUAACCUCGAGAAAUGUUCAAUGUUUUUUCAACGAAUCUUAAUUAAGUACUGCACAAAAUAAGGUAACGCUGUUUUCGUAGACAAGCUAUAUGUCCUACAAAUCUUUAAUUAUAUAUUCGUUUAAUAUGUAAUUUUAAGUUUUAUAUACAUUUACCAGUAGUAUGACAUAAUAAUGAUUAUUGUACACUGACAUUAUUGUCACCAUCGUUAAUGUUACUAUUAUUGCUACAAUCAAUUAGCUUAGCAUAGAAUUAAUUAAAAAAAAUCCUUCCGUUUUUUAAUCCUGUUUAAUCUGUACAAAAUAUACAAACCUUAUGCAGUUGUGUA